GCAGAGCGCACUGCAGACAGAAGCAGGCUACUAUGGUAUAUGUGAGACUAAUGCUUCUUUGGAAUUCGGAUCUCAGAGGAAUGAAUGAUUCUUGUAGUGAAGGUGUUCUACGAGACAUAUAGUAGCUCACACACCAAGUCAAGAGUUAUAUUGGUUGUCCAAAUCCAUUAAAGUCAUUCUGAGCUUCUCAGAGGGCGGAAUAUUGUGGGAUCAAUGCAAAGAGCUGAAACAUUUGGUCUCAUCUGCCUGAGUUCAGUCAUGUUGGAACCAUGAAGCAACUGUUUUUAUCAGAGUGAAAGAAUGAUGAUUUUGAAAGUCCAGUGAAACCAAAGCAGGAGAGAUGACAGCUGAAGGACUCCAGCUCUGCAGAGGUGAUAUCCCCAAUCUCUCAGACUUUAGGAUUGUGCUGCUGGGGAACAGAGAAGCUGGGAAGAGUUCAGCAGGAAACACCAUCCUGGGCAGAGAGGAGUUUGACCCUGAUGUGAGAACACUGCAGUGUGUGAAGAGACAGGGAGAGGUAGCAGGGAGACAGGUCACUGUGGUGGACACUCCAGGAUGGAAGGAUUAUGAUCUCAAUAUUUCUAUUGAUUCUCCUAAACUCCUGAAGCAGGAGAUUGUUCUCAGUGUGACUCUGUGUCCUCCAGGACCUCAUGCCUUUCUGCUGGUCAUCCAUGAGAACAUGACCUUCACAGAUGCAGAGAGAAACGCCACAUCAAACCACCUGAGUCUUCUGGGCCAUGGAGCCUGGAAACACUCUCUAGUUCUGUUCAUUCAUGAGACUCCUGCAGAAGAGAAAGCCUUUGAGGUUAAAGCGAAAAUGCUCCAACAACUUGUAAAAAGAUGUGGGAACAGAUAUCAUGUCCUUAACAACAACAACAAGGAUGAUACGCAAAUCAUAGAGCUGCUGCAGAAGAUAGAAGAAAUGGUGGCCGGAAACAGUGGCCGUCACUAUGAAAUAAACAUAGAAAUAAUAGAGAAGGUUGAAGAGAAGAGGGCAGAAGAAGGGAGGAGAGCAGAGGAGAGAAGAAAAAAAGUCCAGAGACAGGGUGAGAGGUGCACUGCUUCCAGAUCUCAGAAUUGUGCUGCUGGGAUUUAAAGAUGCUGGGAAGAGUUCAUCAGGAAACACCAUCCUGGGCAGAGAGGAGUUUCAGUCUGGACAGAGAACUGCUGUUUGUGUGAAGAGACAAAGAGA